AUGAUCUCAUCUCCCGCGCCGAGCGACUGCGCCCAGAAGCGCUCGUCUACUGCGGGGAUGCCUUCGCAAACUGACCCUCCAACCGACCACCAUGAGGAUCGCGACGAGCCUAAUCCUGGUGCAUCGACCAUAAUUCCAGACUCCACUUCAUCUUACCCCAACUGCACCAACCGCACUCCUAGUCCAGAAGGACAGCGACCGCCAUUACCCCCACGACCGAAUACACUGAGCCUGUUGAAUGACGAGGCAUCACCCCGAGCACCAACUCUCCAAGCGGAGGCUACAACAGCCGUUUCGCGAGAAGAUGCAGGACCUCAGACACCAAAUGCAGGAAAGGUGUAUUCAAGUCUCGCUGUUCGAGGGCUGUCGCGGGGUCUCAAGGCGCGAGCGAGCUUGAGCCAGCUUACGAGCCCCAAGGGCAGUGACGCGGGAGAUUCCGCGAGUAUUCGGAGUUCCAUACAAAAUGGCGAUCUUGGAGAUGUGGAUGCCAUGUUUUCGGACUUUGUCGUGACUGUCCCGACAGGCCCGGCAGACACAACGAGUCUAUUGCAUUUUCCUGAAUUCCCGGCAGACAAUGUCAAUGACGAGGAAUUCCUCGACGAAUUUAAUGCCGUAGGGGAACUAGAUGAGCUUGCGGGAAAUGAAGGUAGCUCUACCAUUUCUUUCUUCAUCGGUUGCUCAGGCUCAUUAGGCUAA